UUUAGAUCUUGAGCUGCGCUUAAAGAAAACAGAAUCGGACAGAUACCGUGUGGACCAAGAACAGACAACAGCCCCCACGACGUGAUAUAGCAGUCUACAAGAAAGAGAAACAUGUUACCAUCAGGACUCAUGAGCGUCCUUCUGGUGGCAACAUUCACCACAGUUGUACAGGGGAACUAUUUCAUUGUGAGCCCCAGUGUAUUCCGACCAAAUGAAGACUUUAAGGUUGAAAUCACCUACACUGGAUCUGGAACAGCAUCCGCAAAGGCUACUAUUGGCAUCAUGGGUGGUGCUGAGGUUGCAACAAGCACAGAGCAAACUCUGACCAAUGGUCAAGGUCUGCUGGUUGUGCCGAUAUCACCAAAUGUGGAGAAGGGCUCCUACAAACUGACAGUAGUGGGCAAGGUGAAUGGACAAGAAGCGUUCCGGAAUUCCACUGAAGUACGCUUGGUGAUGGAGAACAGCUUCGUUUUCAUUCAGCUUGACAAGAGUAUGUACAAGCCUCUGCAGACAGUACGUUUUCGAGUUUUGUCCUUGGACCAGGAAUUGAAGCCAGUGGCCCAAACAGUUAGAACAGACAUAUCAAUUGUUGAUGGCAAUAACAACAAGCUGGAGGAGUGGCUGGGCGUGGAGAGCAUGGCAGGUGUUAUCGAGAAUUCCUAUCAGCUCUCUGAUCAGCCACCACUUGGAAAAUGGAAAAUUACUGCUAAGCAUAAGUUUGGAGAAGACACAAAGGAAUUUACAGUGGAGAAAUAUGUGUUGCCCAAGUUUGAGGUGACUGCUGAGGCUCUUCCAGACUACAUCGUUGAUGGGGAAAAAGAGUUCAACAUCAAGGUCACAUCAAAAUACACAUAUGGCAAGCCUGUGAAAGGAAAGGCCAAAUUCAUCUUUGGUAAUGGAGAGGUCGUCAAGGAAACCAUGUUGAACACUGGUGAAGACGGGGUGCAUACUGAGAAGAUAAUGAUGAGAGAUGUAUCGACAGCCAAGACAUGGAAUGGCCUGAAGGUGGCAGUUAAUGUCACAGAAGAACCGGCACAGGUGACCGAGACGUCCAACCAGCUGAACAUCCCCGUGUACUCACAGCGUGUCAAGCUUGAGUUCCUCCCUACCUCGUCCCAGGUGUACAGAUCCGGUCUGCCUGUCCAACUCCGGAUGAAGGUGUCUAACCUUGUGGACAAGACUCCUGCUCACACAGGGAAACAGCUCACUGUGACCACAUUUCUAGGAAGCAAUCAGGAGAAGACACUGACCAUUGACAGCCAAGGAAUGGCCACCACAGACUUUGACAUUCCUCCCAGUUAUACGAAUGAUAUUCAUUUUACGGCUCGUGUUGUUGGUGUGGAUGGUCUAAGUGAAAGUCACCAGGUUAAAGAAUACAGAACCAAGCUGAACACCGUCCUGUCUUUGGAGGUGUCAACUACUCAGGCAAUUGAGGUGGGCAACAGCUUUGACAUAGCUAUCAAGUCCACCGCCACACUGAGACAUGUUGCCUAUAUGGUACUUGCUCGAGGUGUCAUAGUAGAAGGAGGCAAGCUGAAUAUGCCUGGGACAGGAUUGACACACACGCUAACGGCCACUAGACCUAUGUCACCAAUGGCCAAGGUCAUAGUGUAUGGAGUUGUGGACAAUGGAACAAUGUCAGAGAUCAUAGCCGAUUCAGAAGACAUUGAAGUGUCCAGUGUCUUUGAUAAUCAGGUCGGACUGCGCUUCUCGGCGGAUACGAGGAGAGCAGGUACAGCUGUUGACCUAACCAUUACCUCCGCACCCAACAGCAAGUACUACCUUCUAGCUGUGGACAAGAGUGUGCUGCUCCUGGGCACCGGCAAUGACAUCACACAGGGCGAUGUGAUCAGUGGUUUUCACAAGUUGGGCAUGGGGACACUCCUAGCCAAAACGAGGGACAGCCUGAGAUGCUGGGUGAUGUGAUCAUGCCCCGCUGGGAGGAGGAAGUGAAUCUGACCUGCCCACCAGUGCUGGAGAAGUACUCAAGAAGCAGGACUUGGUGUACAUGACAGACAUUGUUGUAGAAGAGGAGGCUCCACCCCCUGUGUAUUACUAUGACGACAUGGAUGCUUUUAUGUUUGAUGGUGAAAUGGAUGUAGAC